CUGCCGCGCUCCCCCUCCUCGCCGUUGCGCUGAGACCAAAUCCCAAAUCCCGUUACGCAGCCAAAGAAAUACCGUUCCGUUCGGGCGCCCUCUCCUCCCCGUUCGUAAACCCUGACACCGCCCCGGGAGGCGGGAGCCGAGAGGAGCGCCGCGCGAUGGGAGAAGAGACCCUCGUGGCCAUGCCGCUCGCGCCCCACCACCACCACGCCCGUCUCGACGCGCUCCCCCACCACGUCUCCCCCGCGCCGCAGACGCAGGCGCCGGAGCCGCCGCCGCCGCAGCAGGCGCCGGAGCCGGAGAGAACCGUUGCGGACGAGGAGGAGGAGCGGGAUCGUGGCGGCGUCGUCGAGCCGCCGGCGGGAGUCCCGCGGCCGGAGACCCCGCCGCCCGCGCUCGCCGCCGAGGUGGGGGAGGACGUGUACUACGCGCGCCGGAUGCUGCAGGGCGCGGUGCUGCGGCCGCCGCCGCACCUGCCGCAGCCCGAGGCGCCGCCGGGCCUGGCGCGGGCGCUCUCCGCGCCCGCGCACCCGCACGGCUACGCGGAGGAGGCAGAGGAGGCGGGAGGGAAACAGAGGCCCGUGGACCGCUCCGCCUCCGCAAACUCCGCCAUCGUGGACGUGGGACGCAUCGGGCGGUUCCUCCGCGACCGCCGCGACGUGCUGUCGUCGGCCUUCACCCGCCGCAUCUCGUCGCUCAAGGAGCCCUCGGCGCCGGCCGCGGCCGACACCUACGGCGUGCAGGAGAUCCACCUGCCCAACGUGAAGGUCACGGUGCGCCUCAAGGACACGAUCGCCGCCGACGCCGCCGAGGACGACGCCGGGUACUCCUUCUCGGGCGGGCACAUCAAGGGCCGGGUGAGCUUCUUCUCCCGCUCGGGCUGCCGCGACUGCGCCGCCGUGCGCGCCUUCUUCCGGCAGUCCGGCCUGCCGUACGUGGAGAUCAACCUGGACGUGUUCCCGGAGCGCGAGGCCGAGCUGGCCGCCCGCGCGGGCGCCGCGGCCCGGGUGCCCCAGAUCUUCCUCAACGAGAAGCUCCUGGGCGGGCUCGUCGUGCUCAACUCCCUGCGCAACAGCGGCGAGUUCGAGCGCCGCGUGCGCGACCUCGCGGGCCGGCGGUGCCCCGACUCGGCUCCCCGCGUGCCCGUGUACGGGUUCGACGACGAGGCCGGCGGCAAGGACGAGGGGGAGGACGCAGUGGUGGCCAUCGUGCGGGUGCUCCGGCACCGGCUGCCGAUCCAGGACAGGUUCGUCCGGGUGAAGCUCGUCAAGAACUGCUUCUCCGGCGCCGACAUGGUGGACGCCAUCGUGAACCAUCUCGAGUGCGGCAGGAACAAGGCAGUGGAGAUAGGCAAGGAGCUCGCAAGAAAGCACUUCAUCCACCACGUCUUCAGGGAGAACGACUUCGAAGACGGCAGUCAGAACCUGUACCGGUUCCUGGAGCACGACCCUGCCGUUCCCAAGUACUACAACUUCCGGGGCUCCACCAACGACGGUGAGCCCAAGCCGGCGGCCGCCGUCGGGCACAGGAUGACCAAGAUCAUGCUCGCCAUCCUGGAGGCCUACGCCUCCGACGACCGCCGCCACCUCGACUACAGCCGCAUCGCCGCCAGCGAGGAGUUCAGAAGGUACGCGAACCUGGUGCAGGAGCUCCAGCGGGCGGACAUGACCGCGCUCCCCGCGGAGGAGCGGCUGCCGUUCUUCCUGAACCUGCACAACGCGAUGGCCAUCCACGCCGUGAUCCGGGUCGGCCAGCCGGGCGCCGUCGACCGGCGGCCCUUCUUCUCCGACUUCCAGUACAUCGUCGGCGGGCACCCCUACUCCCUCGCGGCCAUCAGGAACGGCAUCCUCAGGGCCAACCGGCGGCAGCCGUACACGCUGGCCAAGCCGUUCGGCUCCAACGACAGGAGGCUCGAGCUCGCGCAACGGAGGGCGAAUCCGCUCGUGCACUUCGCGCUGUGCGACGCGACGCGGUCGAGCCCGAUCGUCCGGUUCUACACGACGCAGGGCGUGGAGCCUGAGCUCCGGCACGCUGCCAGGGAGUUCUUCCUCCACGGCGGCGUGAAGAUCGACCUGGAGAGCCGGACCGUCCACCUCACCAGGAUCAUCAAAUGGUACACCGCUGAUUUCGGGCAGGACAGGGACAUUCUCCGGUGGCUCCUCAACUACCUGGACCCGACCAAAGCCGGGCUCCUGACGCACCUCCUCAACGACGGCGGCCCGAUCAGCAUCUCCUACAUGAAUUAUGACUGGUCCCUGAACGUCUGAGAAAAUUCAUCCAAGUCUACUUGUGCGUACAGUGGUGAAGCUUGGGGGCGUGCCACGCCCACGACCCACGGUAUAGUCAGAGUUGCACUCAGUCGGAUUGGCAAUUGGCUAAUGGCCAACGGGACGAAUCACUGAGCAUAGAUGCCAGAAGAAUGUGGAGCUUGAUCAGUAAAGGGAAGCCUGGACUAUGUAUAUAGUAUUGUUACUUGUGAGCUCCAAUAGGGAAAGAAAAAAAAAGAGUAAAUUUAUGUGGGGAAAUGCACUGUUUUGUUUAGGUGUUGCAAUUUUCGUAUUGAAGAGGUUUUUUUUUCUCGAACAAGGUUUUCUUUUUUGUUCUUUUGGUAGCUCAGUAACCUGUUGGUAGUACGUACACUUGAUGCAGCAGCAAGAUCGCCCGCACCUGUUUCUCCCGUGUCCGUGUGCUGCGUGAGUGCAGGUUCACGCUCAGGGACAAUCUUUCAGUAGCAUUCAGACAA